AUGAUCCAGCCUCUAGAGGGACCAAUAAACGACAGGAUCCAGCCUCUAGAGGGACCAAUAAACGACAGGAUCCAGCCUCUAGAGGGACCAAUAAACGACAGGAUCCAGCCUCUAGAGGGACCAAUAAACGCCAGGAUCCAGCCUCUAGAGGGACCAAUAAACGACAGGAUCCAGCCUCUAGAGGGACCAAUAAACGACAGGAUCCAGCCUCUAGAGGGACCAAUAAACAUGAUCCAGCCUCUAGAGGGACCAAUAAACGACAUGAUCCAGCCUCUAGAGGGACCAAUAAACGACAGGAUCCAGCCUCUAGAGGGAUCAAUAAACGACAGGAUCCAGCCUCUAGAGGGACCAAUAAACGAGAGGAUCCAGCCUCUAGAGGGACCAAUAAACGACAGGAUCCAGCCUCUAGAGGGAUCAAUAAACGACAGGAUCCAGCCUCUAGAGGGACCAAUAAACGACAUGAUCCAGCCUCUAGAGGGACCAAUAAACGACAGGAUCCAGCCUCUAGAGGGAUCAAUAAACGACAGGAUCCAGCCUCUAGAGGGAUCAAUAAACGACAGGAUCCAGCCUCUAGAAGGAUCAAUAAACGACAGGAUCCAGCCUCUAGAGGGAUCAAUAAACGACAGGAUCCAGCCUCUAGAGGGACCAAUAAACGACAUGAUCCAGCCUCUAGAGGGACCAAUAAACGACAUGAUCCAGCCUCUAGAGGGACCAAUAAAGACAGGAUCCAGCCUCUAG